AUGAAGCUGCAUUAUAUCGGCGUCCUUCGCAACGAGAGCCAGCCAGCUCAUGAGAUCGUCGCUGAGAAGGAGCUCAGCAGCUACUCACGAUUCACCCGUAACAACUAUGGCGAAUUCAUGACCCUAUUCGCAAAGACCGUCGCCGAGCGCACCCGUCCCGGACAGCGACAGGAUGUUGAGGAGCAAGAUUACACUUUCCACGCCUACGGCCGUACCGAGGGUGUCUGCGGCAUCAUCAUCUCCGACCACCAGUACCCUGCCCUUGUGGCGCAUCAGCUUCUCAGCAAGGUCGUCGACGAGUUCCUUUCCAAGAACCCCCGCUCCAGCUGGAACAGCGGCACACCCACCCUUACCAUGCCCGAGCUGAAGGACUACCUUACCAAGUACCAGGACCCCCAGCAGGCCGACAGCAUCCUCAAGAUCCAGAAGGAGCUUGACGAGACCAAGAUUGUUCUCCACAAGACCAUUGAGAGUGUGCUUCAGCGUGGAGAGAAGAUCGACGAUCUGGUGGCUAAGAGCGAUGGCCUAAGCGCCCAGAGCAAGAUGUUUUACCAGCAAGCCAAGAAGCAGAACUCGUGCUGUGUUUUGAUGUAA